UCGAAUUGGCCAGGGACCGACGAAAGCCGUCGAUGAUGUGUCGUUUAAAGGUUGGCACUAUCCAGAAAUCAAUAUGGGGCUGGCAACAGUGAUGCAAUAUAUGUAUCAGCCAGGAGAGUUGUUGAGUGAUGCGUUAAUUUUAUGAAGCCAUUCGAUAAAAUAAAUACACACAAUAAUUGUUACUUUGUUUUAUAUAUAUUUUGCACAAAAUUACAAUUAUAAUUUACAUAAAAAAGGUAAUAAGUAAGUAAAAGUUACGAUACAGCUGACAUGAUUUAUUGAGCUAACUCAAGGAACAUAAAUAAUUUAAUUUUUAAACUUUUAGACUUAGUGUAUAAGAGGCCUUUUCAAUCUAGCUAUUUCAUCGCAUUCAUUUAGAACAAACAUUGGCAGAAGAUUUACAUGAUUACUCAGUCUAAUCAGAUACUUGUAAGAACAAGGGAAGUAGCGACUUACGGCUAAAAUCUCUCCACUAAAGAAAUAAACGCUACCUAAAUACAUCGGAUGGGCCACGGGAGUGUCCAAUGUGUUUACCUUCUCUGCCAAAAAAACAUUGUUGUUAGUUUAGCUUCUAUUCUUGUAUCUUUUUAUGGCGAAUCGACUCCAAGACGUCACUAACGAUUUAUUUUUCAUUUACUUUACAAAGCACUGUAAGUGAAUGGAUAGUGAUAGUUGUAUUAAGAUUAAUUAGUGGUUACCCAUCGGAAACUUUGAUUUACCUGAACAACUAAAACGGGCAUAUCUUACUUCAAGUUGCAAAAAGGAAAUGUUGGAAGCAAUUGAAUGUAUGUUCCCGAGUCUUCAAGAAGAAUUGAACGUAAAUAACUACGUGAGCCGCUUUCACACACUCGUAUAUUUAGAAGAGAUGGAGUGCCUUGCCAAUAUCCGCAAAUAUAACCGCGAACGAGCGCAUUUUACACGCGAGGGAAAGUAUUUAAGUCUGGACAUAGAACAUCUUUCCGAAAGUCGUCCUUCAUUGAUAAUUGGAGACAGAGUUAAAGCCGAAAACCCCUGGGCCGAAGGCGAAAAUGCCGAACGGAAAUAUAUAGGAGUGAUUCACGAAGUGCUCCGCAAUCGAAUUCUAAUUAGAUUCGAUUACAACUUUCAACAAAGAUAUAAUUACGUAGAUUGUCGUUUAGAAUUUUAUUUCCCACGUUAUGAGUACCAUAAACAACACUACGCCAUCUCACAAGUGGGUGAAAAUUUAGGGAAAUAGUUCUUGUUUCCCUCCCAAGCACAAACGCGAGGAUAUCCGCAAUUAGACAUAAAAUUAAAUAAUGAGAAAAACAUUUUAUUAGACAAUCGUCAGUAUAGAUGGUACAAUUGCAGACUGAACUUUAUGCAGAAUAAACCCUUAGCAUAUAUACUACGAGGAGAAUUUCGCAACAUGCCGUACGUAAUUCUUGGACCUCCCGGCACAAGAAAAACGGCAACGCUAGUGGAGACCAUUUUGCAAAUAUUUAGAUUGGUACCCGGUGCACGUCUGCUUGUAGGCACACCAUCCACUAGUUCUGCUGAUGUAAUAACGACGCGUUUGAUCGAAAACGGCGUGCUCAAAAUGGGUGAGCUUAUACGUCUAGUAUCCCACAAGGAGAUCAAAAAAGGACUUAUACCAGAGCAUUUAAUGCCGUAUUGCGCAACAGGCAACAAAUCCUGGGAUACUGGGCUAAGGUACCGCUCCCAAGAUGAUAUAAUUGUGACUGAAUCCGGACUCAAAGUAAAAUGUCAAAUGAAGUAUUUAAGGCGCCAGCGAAUAACGAUUGGUACUUGUGACACCCUAGGAAAUCUGUUGCAAAUGCGUUUCCCACCCAAUCGUUUUACGCAUAUGCUAAUUGAUGACGCCGGCCAGUGCACAGAACCUGAAAUUAUGGUUGCUGUCGCUCAAGUAUCAAACGAGCGUGGCCAGGUAAUCCUUGUUGGAAAUCCCAAUCGUCAAGCAGCCAUUAUAAACGAAUAUGCUCGUCAACGCGGUUUAUCGACAUCAUUUUUGGAGAGAAUUCUUUCAUUUGCUCCGUACUUACAAAAUUUUGAUCAUUUUCCCUUUGCAUGUGAUUGUUUUAACAGUCGCCUGGUUUUAAGAUUACUCAAUGAUUACCGGUCGUUGCCGGCCAUAUUAAAUGUUUACGAUGAACUGUCGAUACCAACGAUAACAGAGAACUCUAAAGAAGCUGAAAUGCGGAAGUAACUUGACGAUUUACUGCCGCAAUCACCAUAUCGACCCAAAAUACAUGGCAUAUUCUUCCACGGAAUGCGUUCUGAAGAUAUGCAGGGAGAAGACUCGCCGUCGUGGUAUAAUCCUUACGAAGCGAAGAUGGUAAGUUGUCUUUAGUUUAAAAACACAGUAUUUUAUAACAUUUUUUUUUCCAGAUUUCCAAAUUUACUCAGUUUGUAUUUAAUGCAAUCAGGUUUUACUCUUUUAUAAAUAUACGUCUUAAGUUGUAUCGAUGAACAAAUGGCUGCUCAUUUGCGUCAAGAUCUCUUCAAACAGAUUAUUAUUCAAGAUAUCGAGAUCCAGUUCCAGCUGUAGUUAUGUGCAUGACAUAUCUUGGCAGGAAACUUCGUCAUUUAAGCAAAAGCUCUCAAGCUCAAUCCGAACGUGGCACUUCAGUUUGCGAGGAGGCCUUGUCGAAUGUGCGCGCGAUGCGUUCGAUUGCUUGUGAAUACCGAGAGAUGGAGCUUUUUAUAAGCGAAACCAAUGAAGCUGCUCGACUGGCUCAAGAGCUAGGCUGUGGUCUUGCAAUCUUCCAAAGGUUAACAAAUUUCUUUUUAUUAGUUUGGUGCUAUCAACACUUUUUCGGCAUGUCGCAUGUCGCUUGAUGCAUUAAUGGCUUUUCUAGUAGCAGCUCAAGGUUCAAUUUUAUUAAACACAAUGAUACGCGGAAUGACCGCUGGUUCAAGGAUUUUUGAGUUAAUUUCUUUCUCUUAACGGCAAAUAUGUAACAAAUGCAUGCGACAUGGAUUAGGAUUCAUCCAUAACAGGAAACUGCUUAACGUCGCGAUAUCUCGACCUCGUUAUCUCCUAGUAAUCUACGGCAACCCCGACAUAAUCGUUUUGACUGCUCAUUGUCGUAACAUUCUGAUUUGCCGGAAAUUGUCUGACUUGAAUUACUUUUGAUGAUUUAUUUUCUUUAAGAACUUCCACAUUCUUUCAAUUAUCAAUACUGUUAUUAUUAACUCUUCGUGCUGUACUAAAUUAUUUUAUUGCCUUUCUAUAUUUAUAUUAUUAUAAAAUCCUCUCUUCUCAAUGUUGCCUUUGUUUAAUGUUAUACAAUUAAACCAUCGUCUAGUUGGAGCUUAUAGCAACAAACACUUUUUCAGCCGCUUUGAUCAAACUGGCCUUUUCUGUUGCUAUAUAUUAAUUUAUAUAAUUUAUAUUGGAUGGGUUGACAGCGAAGAUUGCGUUUUAAUUCUUUUUUUUUUUUGUUUAUAUUUGAUAUGGAUUGGACCUUUUAACUUAAAUCUAGAUCCAUCAUCCAGUAACUACAUAGAAA